UGACUGACUGAUAGCUCUGCAUCUCGCCUCUCCCCUCCUUAUCACACUUUCUGCCCCCCUAACAACCAGCAGCAGGAUUCAUGCGUGUCCACUUGCCAUCGGCGCGCUUGGUCGUGCUGCCAUCUCUCCGAAUACCUGCUGCUAACAUCAGCGUACAAUCUCCCUCAGUCUGCUGCUGGACCAGCUGAAAUCCCAACGCUGAGCGCCAUUCACGGGUCGAUCCCCGCCUCCCUCGCUGCUUUUUAGACUAGCAGAGCUCGUCUCGUCUCGCCCUAUGACCCCCCCACGUGGAUUGAACCUCAUUUCCGUGCCGUACUAUCAGUGAGGCGUCUCCGGGCCCCGCCGUCGCUCCAUGCCGGGCGUAUUGUGAGUCGCUUCGGCAUCAUGGCAACAUCGUCUCACCCCGUCCCGUCCUCCGCUCGACGCUCGGUCCACAGCCGAACCUCGGCUUCCGGUUCGGGCGACCAGUUGGCCCGGUCCGGUUCGGGAGGCUUCGUUGUAGGCACAAGGGCGUAUUAUCACGCGGCGGCGAGUGAGGGCCCCAAUGCGCGAUUGCAGCGCGUGGCGCGUGUGGUGGGAGUGGUUGUCGUUUUCCUCGCUCUGAUCACCACGGCGCAGCAGAUUCUGCUCUACCUCUCGCCACCUGAUGCUGACGUGGCACAACCCGGCAGCAACGAUGAUCCGAGCGAACGGCCCGGAGAACUGGUCGCAUUGGGUCAAGAUGCGGCUGGCUCAACAGCCGUUGCUGCAUCCUUUGAUGGCGCUGCUGCCACGUCAGCUGGCCCACGUGGCACUGUGUGGCACAGAGGAGCGCCCUGGCGAGGCCACGUAGGAUCAUGGCUGAAGAGCCUGCCUCCCAGUGCCCUGUCUGUCACUGUUCACGAGCCUGCCUUUGGCCGCACGUGCCCGGGUGACUGCAGCGGCAACGGCGUGUGCAAUGCGGAGCUGGGGGAAUGCAGGUGCCGCCACGGGUACGCAGGACCCGACUGCUCCCAAGAGGAGGACUACCCCUGCAACCUCCCGUCCACCCCUGAGAGCCCCAACGGCCCCUGGAUAGUGUCCAUCUGUGCGGCUCACUGCGACUUGCGGCGGGCGCAGUGCCGAUGCGGGCCCAACACCUCCUACCCCGACCGCCCUGCUGUCGCGCCCUGUGGCUUCCCCAAAACCCCCGAAGGCCUCAUUCUAUACAAUAAGCCGGACGUGACCCCGCUUUAUGGGCCCCAAACCACAACCGCUGCCACCGACACCACCACCGCCAGCAGUGACGGCAGUGACGACAGCAGCGGCAGCACUGGCAUUGACACACGCGUGGCAUGGUGUGAGGCGCACCCGUCGCAGAUAGCUGCAGCGGAGUGCUUCUGCAACUACGACGGGCAGAUCGGGCGGCUGUGCGAGGUGCCUGUUGACAGCUUCUGCCUCAACCAGUGCUCGCGCGCCGGCACGUGCACGAUGGGGUACUGCCAGUGCCAUGGCGACCGCUACGGCAUUGACUGCAGCAUCCCCUCUGUGCGCUCGCCGCCCGAACUCUACCCGCCCGAGUGGCUCAGGCUGCCAACACGCCAAGCAACCUCUUCCUCUGAAUUGAACCUCGCCUCUCCCUCAGAAUCGCUUGAUUCCUCUGACGUGUACGAGCCAAUCGGUGCCUCGAAUAGCAGCAGCAAUGUCAGCAGCAGCAGUAAUGCUGCUGAGGGGCCUGCUGCUUCUGCUGCUGGUCCCACAGAAGGAGAAUCAGCAGGGGAGAGUGCAGGUGUGGCGCAGAUAGGAUCCAUGGUGGCUCGGCGCCGGCCCCUCGUCUAUGUGUACGACCUGCCGCCUGAAUUCACCUUCCACAACCUCGAGGCGCGGCAGUGGAAGAGCUACUGUGGGCCGCGGGCAUACAACUCUGAGAAUGACACUGUCUUCAACGAUGGAUGGCUCUACGGACUAGAGACAGCGGUGUUUGAGGGAUUCCUGGGCAGUCCCCACCGCACGUUGGACGGCGACAGCGCUGACUUCUUCUACGUGCCCCUCAUGGGCGCCUGCAUCAUCGCCCGCGCGGACGACUCGCCGCGAUUCCGAAUGGAGGGGCAAUUUAAGGCCCGUCGUCCCAACCUAGUGGCGGACUUCUACCUGCGUGCUCUCGCGCACAUUCGCACGCACCACCCCUUCUGGGACCGGCACAGCGGCAAGGACCACAUAUGGAUGUUUGCAUGGGACGAGGGCGCGUGCUACGCGCCCGAGGCCAUCUGGAGCAGUAUGAUGCUCGCACACUGGGGCAACACGGGGACCCGGCAUAAGGGGUGCACGAGCGCUUAUUACCACGAUGACUGGAGUGCGAUGGAGCGGGGGGUGCGGGGAGAGCACCCGUGCUUUGACCCUGACAAGGAUGUGGUCAUGCCUGCUUGGAAAGUGCCAGGCGUGUGGGCGCGCGCGCAGAAGAUCAAAUCGCCCACUCUGGAGUCGCGCCCCACGCUCUUCUACUUCAAUGGCAACCUCGGCAGUGCCUUCGAGCACGGGCGGGUGGAAGCCAAGUACAGCAUGGGCAUCCGGCAGAAGGUGGCACAGUACUUUGCCUCCACGCCCAACAAGGAGGGCCGGCUGGGGCUGCAGCGGCAGGAGGAUGUGAUAGUCACCAACAGACACACUGGGGAGUACGGUCAGCAGCUCUCCUCAUCUCGCUUCUGUGGCGUGUUCCCGGGAGACGGCUUCUCAGCGCGCAUGGAGGACGCCAUGCUGCACGGGUGCAUCCCAGUCAUCGUGCAGGACGGCAUCUGGAUGGCCUUUGAGCGCCACUUGAACUACUCGGAGUUUGCGGUUAGGGUGGCGGAGGACGAGAUACCGCACAUGGUUGACAUACUCCGGGCCAUCCCCCCCAACAGAGUGCAGGAGUUGUUAGCAGGAGUGGAGUCGGUGUGGCAGCGGUGGGCGUAUGCGAGUGUGGCACGGAUGGAGGGCAGGCGGCAGGCAGACAGGGGCAGGCAGCAGGCGUGGAUGCCGGCUAUGGUGGAGAUGCGGGGGGACGAUGCCAUGGAUACUCUGCUGCAGGUGCUUCUGUACAAGAGGUGCAACGACCUGUGGAGGAAGGAAGCCGGGCUGCCUGACUGGUGCAUGGCAAGUGCUACUACUUCUACUACUGAUGCUACUAGUACCGGUAAUGAUAUUGAUAGAUAACAUAACACACUGCCUUGUGCCCCUGGCUCGUGCAGAAAAUGAAUCUUUGAGCUGCUUGUUGAGGAAGGGAUGGAUAGAUAGACCUGGUGUCUUCUUCCCUGUUCUUACAGAACUGCUAGUGCCUGUCAAGAGCCCUAUUUGUAGUGUUUUGUAUGUGGUGUGACUGGCUGUGCCACGAGCUAGGCAAAGGCCUGUAUUCCAGUACAUAGGUAAUGAAACCCCCUGCUGGUA